AUGUCCGGAUCCCGGGCCCCAGACCCACCCACCGACACGGAGCAAGACAGCAUCCCCAACGACUCGGACGAAGAAGGCUGGGAAGACGCGGAAGCGGAUAGCGAAGAGGUUUCCAUUGUGUGCUUGUUCUGCGCAGAGACUUUCCCCUCAUCGGAGGGUGUGUUUGGGCAUUGUACCGCGGUGCACGGGUUCGAGUAUAAAGCUGUUAGGAAGGAGCUUGGUCUGCUCUCCCUCCGUCCGUUCCAUGACAGGGUUAUGAAUACUGAUGAUGAUGAUGAUGAUGAUGAUGCUGGUGGUGGUGGGUAUUAGGACUCGACUUCUACGGCUGCAUCAAACUGAUAAACUACAUCCGCUCCGAGAUCGCACAGUUGCGUGUUCCGGACUUUGCCACCCCUGCAGUCUUCCUGCGGGACGAGAAGUACCUGCGACCGGUUAUUGAGGAUGAUGCGUUGCUAUUCGGCCUCGAUUGUGAGGAAGAAGAAAAUGUGAGAGGGGAGGAUGAAGGGAUUACCGAGGAUCAGAGGAGGAUACGUGAGCUCGAGGAGAGGUUGAAAAAGUUGGAGCUGGCGCAUUCCGAGUAUAGGGAGGCGGUUAAUCGGAGUCUUGAGAUGCGGCUGGAGGGGGAGGAUAGGGAUGCUAAGAAGGAGGGGAGUGAGGAUGAUAGCCAUUACUUCGAGAGUUACUCCGGGAAUGGUGGGUCUUUUUGUUUAGGAAUGGUGGGGGGCGAAUGAUGACUGAUGAGGGGAUUAGAUAUUCAUGAAAUUAUGCUUAAGGAUACUGUCAGGACGGAUGGUUAUCGGGAUUUCAUUUAUGAGAACAAGCAUUUGUUCAAAGACAAGGUAUGAGCUUCUCUUUAUUUCUUUUGGAAUUGGCGACACUGGUACUAAUUGGCAAGUUCAGGUGGUUCUGGACGUUGGCUGCGGAACGGGUGUUCUUUCAAUGUUCUGCGCAAAAGCGGGGGCAAAGAAGGUCAUUGCGGUAGAUAACUCGGCAAUCAUAAAUAAAGCCACCGCAAAUGUUUUCGAGAACGGUUUGGACGGGGUCAUAACGUACCAAUCAAUCAAUCCCUGUAGUUUUUUUUUUUUUUUUUUUAGUAAUCGGGAGUAAACUAAUGUUUGGUAGUUGCAUACGCGGGAAGAUCGAAGAAGUAGCAUUACCCGUUAAGCAAGUAGACAUCAUUGUUUCCGAAUGGAUGGGUUACGUUCUCCUUUACGAGGCGAUGUUGGACUCGGUCCUCUUCGCUCGGGACAAGUAUCUUGCUCCCGAUGGCUUGAGUUAGCAGUCUUUGCCCCCACGAUCCCCAGCAUCCGAUCUCUAACAUUUCGGUGAUCAUUAGUGGUCCCGUCCGAAUGCAAGAUCCUGAUCGCGGCAAUGCACGAUCCCGAGUACAUGAAUGAUAAUGUCAAUUUCUGGAACCACGUAUACGGCUUCUCCAUGACGGCCAUGAAGGAGAAGAUCCGAGAGGAUGUAGCAAUAACCGGACUCAGCCCCUCAUCCCUCGCUUCCGAGCCGGUCGCCUUCUGCCAUCUGCCACUGCACACAAUCAAGAUUUCUGACCUCACCUUUACUAAGCCCUUCCAACUUGGAAUCAGGCAGAACAUUGAGAGUUUGGACGCUUUUGUCAUCUAUUUCGAUACCUUCUUUACCACUUCGCGGAGUCAAUUGGUUCCGAAGAAUGCGAGGGCAGAGUCAUGGAAGCGUGGUGAGGGGGGCGUGGCGUUUACCACCGGGCCAUUUGGCAGGCUGACCCAUUGGAAGCAAGGGGUGCUGUUGGUUGAGAGGAAGAGUGGGUUGUUGAAAGAGGGUGGAGUAAUCGAUGGUGAGGUUACUUACAGAAAACGAUCUGGGAACUCCCGAGAGGUUGAGGUUGAGAUUGAGUGGAAGACGGAGAAUAGGGAGGAUAAGCAGAUGUGGUACAUGAGGUGAUAAAUGUGGGGAGAUGUUUUUUUUGUUUUUUUUCUUUCAUUUUCGACUACAGGUAGUAUGCCAUAUUUUUGUACAAUCGUCUUGCGGGUUGGGAAUAAAAGGGUUUCGAGCUUCAA